AUGGCCGAAAUCCCCGAGAAGACCAGGGCCACCGAGGAAGUAGCUUCGGCUUCGGCUUCGGCUUCAGAGGAGCAGUAUCAGGGUGAAUUGGUCAAUGCCUCCGGUCACCGUCAGGAGCUCGAGCGCAACUUCAGCCUUCUCAGUAUCUGUGCCGUGGCCGUCACGACCGGAAACACCUGGAUCGCACAGGGUGGUAGUGUGGUGACUGCAUUGAGUAACGGUGGUCUCGCCGGUUGUAUCUAUGAGUUCAUUGCCGUCUCUAUCUGCUACUGGCUGGUCGCUGCCUCCAUCGCCGAGCUGGCAUCUGGUAUGCCCUCGGCCAGUGGUGUGUACCAUUGGGCUUCCAUCACCGCCGGCAAGCAUGGUCGCGUCUGCGGUUUCUUCGCUGGCUGGUGGAACUGUCUCGCCUGGAUUCUGGGCGCUGCCUCCAUGUCCCUGAUCAUGGCUCAGCAGCUUGUGUCCAUGUACGCCUUGAUGCACCCGGGCUUCGUGCCUGCGACCUGGAACACAUUCGUGACGUUCCUUCUCUGUACCUGGACCUGCUGCUGCAUCGUGCUUUUCAUGAACCGGUUCCUGCCUUACAUUGGCAACAUCGGAAUGUUCUUCAUUCUGGCCGGCGUCUUCAUCACCGUUAUCGUCUGCGCCGUGAUGCCCUACGUCAACGGUGUUGGGUACGGUUCCGACUACCAGGUCUGGGAGAAGUGGACCGACGGGACCAACUACAAGCAGGAGGGCUUCGUCUUCGUCAUGGGCAUGCUGAACGGCGCCUACUCGGUCGGUACCCCUGACUGUGCGUCUCACUUGGCUGAGGAGAUCCCCAAGCCUAGCCGUAACAUCCCCAAGGCCGUGCUGGCCCAGAUGGCCGUUGGCUUCAUCACCGGUAUCUGCUACAUGAUCGCCAUCUUCUACUCCAUCCAGGACCUCGACGCGGUCACCACAAGCCCCUACAACUUCCCUCUUGCCGAGAUCUACUACCAGGCCACUGGAACCCGCGGUGGUGCCCUGGGUCUCCUGGUCAUUGCUUUCAUACCAACUCUAGUCACUGCUUCUGGCUGCUACAUUACUGCCGGUCGCACCCUUUGGACCAUUUCGCGUGACCGUGCUACUCCAUUCCCUAACUGGCUCGGUCAUAUCAACACCACCUUCCACAACCCCUUCAACGCCACCCUAGCGUGCGGUGGUAUCGUCACCGUCCUCGCCUGCAUCUACCUCGGAUCGUCCACUGCCUUCAGCGCUUUCGUCGGAUGCUUCGUGCAGCUGUCCAGUCUUUCCUACUUCAUGGCCAUCCUUCCCCACGUUCUCACCCGCCGCUCGUCCUUCGUUCCCGGUUUCUUCUUCAUGAACAACAAGAUCGGCUACGUCGUCAACGUCUUGGCCUGCAUCUACAUCAUCGCCUUUGCCAUCAUAUUCUGCUUCCCCUAUGCUCUGCCCGUCGAGGCUGCCUCGAUGAACUACGCCAGUCUGAUGACCGGUGGUCUUACCAUCUUCGUCGCCAUCUGGUGGUUCGUCCGCCGGGGCUCAUACGAAGGUCCCAAGAACAUCCCCUUGACCGACAAAGCUCUCCUGGAAGAUGCUCAGUAA